AUGAAGUUCAACUUAAUAUCUAGAUUUAACUGGAUUUAUUUAUGCCUUCUAGGCUUAAUGAACUGUUCUAGCAAUCAGUCUUUUGAUUUGGGACCUAAUCCGCCUCCAACUUUUACUCAGUUACAUUCUAGCCAGAUAAGUACAUCGGAUGCUUAUAAUGACCCUAGAAAUAAUCAACCAAUAUACUCGGCCCCAUUACAUCAUAAUCAGCCAAGUUCAUUAGAAGAACCUAAACAGCCAAUAGUUACUCGACCAAUCAAACUAAUUGAUCCACGACAACCAAAGAUGAAUGCCCCUGGUACUUCAAGUUCUAGUGCCGGUGGGCCAAUUAAAUCUCAAAAGGCUAAACUUGGAACUUCACCUUAUGACAACCCUAAACUUAGUUUAUGGCGACCGAAACCAGGCCUAUCAACAACCAAAGAGCAAAAGACAGUAAUCCAAUUUUCUAAUCAGAGUAAGUUAGUCGUCUUCCUAUUGACUCCUUCGUUGCCACCUCUAAAUGAGCUAAACGCUAGUCUCAGAGUCCUUAUUAUUCGCAUUAGGUGCCAAAUUAACAAACUUAAUGGACUGCAUAUUCUUGAGCUGAUCUGUCCUAAUUUAGUGAGCUUUGAAAUUAUCAAAGAGAUUGACAACUCGAUAAGUACUUCAUGCGAUAGAGCAGAAGAAAUAACCACUCUGUUUAAACAUACAAAUCUACACACUCUAACUCUGAAUAACAAUCGAAUCAGUAAGUUUCAAGUUGAUUGCCUCAAAUGCUUCCCAGCCCUAAAAGCUCUUAGUCUCAGACAUAACGGUUUAAAGCACUGUUUUUUCGGUGCGCGUUCUAUCUACCAACAUACUGGACUCAAGUACUUGGACCUAAUUGGUAAUCCUGGACUAGACUGUCCGUUGUUUGCAAGCCCUGAUGUUUUAAAGUACGCUGUCGCUUUAUGCUCUAAUACUGAUAUUAACCACGGCUAUGACACUAAAAUAUCACAUGCCCUUGAUCUCCUCUUUACUCACAUGGCAACCUAUGAAUGUCUAGAUGGUCAUUCCACUCGAAUGAACACCACUCUUCAAAUACUCAAAAUAGAUACAUUAUUCAUUUCUCAGACGACCUAUCCGAUCAACUACUUCUUUCUAGGUUUAGAAGAGUUAAUCAUCAACAACCCACUCAAAACUUGCCCACACUACACUAUUUCCGCCCUACUCAGACCAAAUCGGCAUCUUAGAAUCUUCAAACACGGUGUAGAAGAGUAUCCUCCGUAUGCGAUAGUAAAUGGGAAUGAGUUUUUGCUUACAACUUUUGGACCAGAUCUAUUCAUCAACAACACACCCAGCCAGCCUAACCAAUCCCAUUUCAUUCUUAAAAGCCAGGGAUUAACCAUGAACUACCCCCGACACCCAAACACCUCUCCUAUUGAGUGCCUUCAUAUCAAAACAUCGAAGCCCUGGUCUUAUACCCAGAUUUGGCAGUAUAUUUCCGAUUUGCCUCAGUUGAAAAUCCUCUCUCUUGAUAUCCUUAGUGUCUCUGAAGUCAUUACGUUGCAACCCAAUAGUCUUACUAGGCCUGCUCCCGAAAGUGAAUCUUCUACAUCUAACAGGAACAUGCAAGCCACACCCGCUAAAUUUCCUAAUCUUACUACCUUGGUGCUCAAAGGAGACCCACUCUACCUGGAAAUAAUCUUCUAUGCGCCGAAACUAGUAAUUGUGGACUACCAAAUGGAAGACCAACUUGCCAUCCAAAUAGAGGAGACAAGUUAUAACGCCUUGUUAGACUGUGCUGAACACUAUUCCACACCAACUCGCCUAAUCAUAACUUUCCGCGACUAUCAUGGGGCCGGCCUGUUCUUUUACAAGUACUUAGCCCUAUUCACGUGCGUCACUUCCAUAAAGAUAUGCCUACCGCAACCUUAUACCUUCGAAAAUGCCCAAACUCAGGACUUGGCUAUCAUCAAUGCGCUUGGCGAUGCCCACAGGCAGUUAGCCGACAAACUAAAGCCACUGGAAGUGCUAGAACUUGUUCACUCACAGCCAUCUACGCUAACCUUUGCUAAUCCGGCUUCUGGCAAUCCAAUCGCCUCCAAUUCAUUAGCUGAUAUUGACUCACUCACAACCAUUAACAAGAUUACUAUUGGUGGUGCAGGUAUUGAUGAAAUUCUCCAGCUAUUUAACACGGCCAAGCCAAUCAUAUGGUCAGCCGGCAUCAAAGACUUUAAUAUCUGCUUUACCGAAUUCCGCAACAGCCAUACCAAUAUUGGUGUUGCUUUAAGGGGUAUUUUAAAUAGUCUCUUCAAGCCAACUUCUAGAUUUGAUAGCACGUCUAGCGCUACACCGAGUUCUUCUAAUACCACUCCUACCAGACCUGCAACCCCAUGCCCGCUUAACAGUAUCCACAUAAACUAUCAACCUUCUGCCUACAGCGACAAUAUAAUUCUUCCCCACCUACAAGCAGUCAACAUCUUUGUUAAUAUAAGAGAUAUUUUAGACUCCCUCUAUCACUAUACCACUUCACCUCGGCUUUCGUUCUUCCCCGUUCUCACCUGUUAUUUAUCCGGACCAGGAUUCACUAAACUGCCCGAGAUUGUUCUAAACGAAUCUCUGCCUCACUUCUUUGCCAAGUACCAGGUUGACGAUACAUCCCGCCUCCAGUAUUUAAUGAGAAAGAGAGCAGGUUUAUCUCUCUACCAGUACAGGCCAGGCCGGAUUCCUGUUUAUUUCAACACCAGGGACACGCAACAGCCAAGUACAGGCGCCAAGCGGUCGACUAUUCUUUAUCUUCUUGUUGCUACUAUUCUUUCCACCAGUCCAGAGAGUGCAUUCGAAACCUCUUUCAUCUGGACCCUUAGCGAUCUCCCCAAAAGUCAGCCAACAGCCCCAGCACCAAACAAGGUUCCUCUCAACGAGCCAUAUCCUAAUCCAUACGCCAAUCCACAACCCACCACAUACCCCAAUCCGCAGCCCAACCCACAACCCAAUCCACAACCUAGCACAUACCCCAAUCCACAACCCAAUCCACAACCAAACACAUACCCCAAUCCAUAUCCCAAUCCACAACCAAACACAUACCCCAAUCCAUAUCAACCCUCUACUUCUAACAGUACACAGUCGGCCUUAUCUGUACCCAAUGAUGAGCAACAAACCAGCUUGUCUGAUGAUGAUUCGGUAAUUGAGAUUUCUGAUGAUAGCCAGCCUAACACGCCAUCUUCCUCAACCGUUACUCAACCAACCCAGUUUAGUGCUGAUCAGCAAGCCACAAUGUCUCACCUGAAACAAGAAUAUAAUGAUUGGCAAUCCACCACAGCUUAUCCAGCUCAACCAUCCUCUUCAACUUACCCGAGUCAACAACAAGCCCCAGAUUAUUCUACCCAGCAACCACAUCCAGGCAUCUACUACAACCAACCCUACCAUAUGCAACCCUACCACAACCAACCCUACCACAACACCUCUUCCACUUCUUACACACAAUUGCAGCAUAUGCAGCCAGUUGCCCCUCAGCCAGAUCCUAAUCAGCCAUCUAGUUCUGGCCUACAGCCGCAGGCCAUGCCAUCUUGCUCCAACCAAUUCUAUCCUGAUCAAUGCUAUUCUGACUCUUCUACCCCGCAAGCACCAUUAGACUUCACUAGGCAAGAUGUUACUCAGUCUUUCCCAGGCCAGGAAAUCACCCCAGGAUACGCCAAUCAACCGACUAACCAGCAGAAUAAUUCCUACAAUGCAUCGCUUGAUCACCAGAAUCAAACACACCUCUACCCUAUGAAUGCUAAUCAAGACUGCUCAGGCCAGCCAUCUACUUCUUCCCAUACCGCACAGGAUGUGUUAGCUCGACCAUCCUGCAACUGGUCUCAAACCACCUCUUCUUCUUUCGGCAACGCCCCCUACAACACCCAACAUGAUAAUUCUGCCCCAGGCAACGACCCCACCAAUCCGGCCUUUACUAACCAGCCCCAACAAGGACCCUACUACAACCCACCACCCCCAUACUAUAGUGCCCACCAUACUGUUCACCCCCCGUGCCCACCACAACCACCUCAAUAA